CAAGUCUUUUAUUCUGUUCUAUGCAUUGAAAUUAGCUUGAGUGAGCACUGAUUCGGCAAUGAAGAUCUUUGGCAGCAAUCUUUGAACAGUUUUGUAUUGGAGAAGCUGUUCUGUAUUUCAGUCUACCUUACCAUUACCAUCUGGGAGACCGCUCACUUUCGUUUCUGCCGAAACUGCCGACAAUGUGCCAAUCUCUCCUUUUCCUAAUUCUAAUUUACAUCGCAGACUCGAUUUAGUAGCGCCUUCCGCAGCUGGACUGUUUUUAGUCUAUAUCAGUUGCUAAACGGAGAAGCCAGUGAAGUGACGAUGACGGCGACCGUAACGGACGCGUUCAGAACUGUAGAACCUUUGGAAUAUUACAGAAGAUUCUUAAAAGAAAAUUGUCGGCCUGAUGGAAGGGACCUUGGUGAAUUUAGGACCACAACUAUCAACAUAGGUUCAAUUACAACUGCAGAUGGCUCUGCACUUUUGAAGUUAGGGAAUACUACAGUGAUGUGCGGCAUAAAAGCAGAAUUUGCAGCACCCACUGUUGAGUCCAGUAACAAGGGAUAUAUCAUUCCCAAUGUAGAUCUUCCUCCACUUUGUUCAUCAAGAUUUCGACCUGGACCUCCAUGUGAAGAGGCUCAGGCUGCUAGUCAAUUUAUUGCUGAUAUCAUUGAAAAUUCACAGAUGAUAACGAAAGAAGAUCUAUGCAUUUUAGAUGGAAAGAUUGUAUGGGUUCUAUAUUGUGACAUUAUAUGCUUGGACUAUGAUGGAAAUAUUCUCGACGCCUGCAUGUGUGCUUUCUUAGCAGCUCUGAAAAAUGUGCUUUUGCCUGUUGUUGCAAUAAAUGCAGAAACUGGUUUGGUGGAAGUUAAUUUGAAAGAGAAGAAUCCUUUGACUAUUAAAAAGCACCCAGUGGCAACAUCAUUUGUGUUGUUUGACACACUAGUGGUAGUUGACCCAACUGCAGAAGAAGAAGACUUGGCAUCUGGGACUUUAACUAUUGUGACUAUCGAAGACAACAAACUGUGUUCUGUUCAUAAACCAGGUGGAAGCACAAUAUCAGAAGCAAAGCUUCAAGACUGUAUCAGUCGGGCAAAAGCACGACAUAAAGAAGUACAGAAACUAAUGGAUAAAAUAAUAAAAAAUGUAUAAUUAGUAAGAGGUGUAUUUACUAUUUGUUCAUGAAACCAUUACCUUAAUAAACAUACUACAUUUAUGAAGUUC